AAUUGAAACCAACCCUAAGCUCUUUUUAUCUCCGCUCUAAAGGUAGCCUCGAUUAUUGCUAACUUAAGCAUUGGAGUGUCUACCCCGAGUUCCACCUCGGGCUUUGCAGGUCUUCCCGGGGUGCAAGUGCGGACUGAAGAAGGACUCCUGGUUUGGUGCAAUUACAUUGGCGCCGUCUGUGGGAAUCAAACUGAAAGCCUUCUAGUUGCUCUUUCAUCAUGGUCCACACUCGAUCAGUCAGAGCUGGUAAUUCAUCUUUGCCUCAUGGGCAGGGUCAACCCCCCACCAACCUUCCACCUCUGAUCCCACCUCAACUCCCACCUCAACUUACACCUCAACCUCCACCUCAGGUCCCAAUUAUGUUCCCUCCUGUUGACCAUGCAGAAGGACGAGAUGAAAACCAACCUUAUGCCUCAACUCACAAUUCCACUUCCACUGCCAACCAAGACGUAGUGACAGCUCAGCUUGCUGCCAUGCAGCAACAGUUCGGUACUUACGACGGGACGAAGGAUCCCGAUGACCACCUGCAUGCUUUCUACUCUUGUAUGCAAGCUCAGAACGCCUCUGACGCGUUGAUGUGCAAAAUCUUCCCCUCUACUCUUCGAGGUAACGCCCGAACUUGGUAUUACAGUUUACCUCCGAGGUCAAUUAGCUCGUACACAGAAAUGACAUCUGCCUUUGCCACUAAGUUUUCCAGUAGAAGGUUGAUUAGGAAAACUACUUCUGAGCUGAUGAGAGUUAAACAGAGGGAUGGAGAAUCUCUCAAGAACUAUAUGAGCAGGUUCAAUGAUGCGGUAUUGGAGGUCAUUUCCUUUGAUCAAGCUGUGGGGAUUGCAGCUGUGAUCUCCGGUCUUAAGCAUGACAAGUUCAGAGACAGUUUGAUCAAACAUGCUGCCACCACCUUUAGCGAGGUGAACGAUAGGUCUUUGAAGUUUAUAACCGCUGAGGAGUAUGCCCUGGCGCAGAAUCCGACUCCCACUAAGAACCAGAACCCAGAGUGGAGAGAUGACAAUCCGAGCCGGAAAAGGAUGAGGAUGACGCAGAACCGAGGUCCAGUGUUGACCUCCCCACCGAGAUUCGGAAGGCCGAACUCCACACCCCCGCAACAAUCUGCAGAGCAGUGUAACAGUUUAAAGUCCGAACUGGAAAGUUUAGCUCAGAGGGGAAUGCUGAAUAAGUAUGUUCAGAGAGCUGAACAGCCGAGGUUUGUCAGAGAACAGAGGCCACAGCCUCAAGGAGUCCGCAAUCCCCCAAAUAGGCAAGCAACACUGCGAGGAAACCAAGAGGUGGCCAGACAUUGUUAUAUCACCUCAGUAACACAACCAACGAAAGGCAAAGAUCAGACACCCGAGGCCAUUCCCCAGCGAAUUCCUGAUAAUCAGCAAGUUAUGGGUGUAGAGAUCGUCGAUAAUCGACCGGACGAUGAAGCCAGAGCUGCUCCAGUCGAAGAUGUUGAAGAAGUGCUCGUUGAUGAUAGAGAUCCGAGCCGAAAGACACAGAUUGGAACUAGAUUGAACCCAGAGGAAAAGGCAGAGUUAAUAGCUUUUCUCCGAGCCAAUAAUGAUGUAUUCGCAUGGACCUCGACAGAUAUGCCAGGAAUUCCAAAUUCAGUAUGUCAACAUAAGCUCAGUACCAACCCAUUGAAGAAACCAGUGGCCCAGAAGCGGCGUCUCUUCGGGGGUGAGAGGCUUCAGGCUAUUAAAGAAGAGGUGGAGAAGCUCCUACAAGCUGAUUUUGUCAGGAAAGUUGAUUACUGUGAAUGGGUGGCUAACCCAGUCCUGGUGAAGAAGGCAAAUGUUGAAGCAGCUUUAGGCAAUGAGAGGUUAAGCCUCUUGGAUGCAUAUUCUGGUUAUCACCAGGUGUCAAUGGCUCCCGAAGAUGAAGAGAAAACCUCGUUCUAUGCUGGCGAUGAAAUUUAUUGCUAUGUCAUGAUGCCGUUUGGCUUAAAGAACGCUGUAAAGAGCCGGAAAGCAGAAGACCAUCUAGCCGAUCUCGAUGAAACCUUCAACAACCUCAGAAAGAACAGGAUGCGGUUGAAUCCAGCCAAAUGUAUUUUCGGCGUGGAGUCUGGAAAGUUUCUGGGUUUCUUGGUGUCCCGAAGAGGGAUUGAGGUCAAUCCCGAAAAAAUUAGAGCAAUUACUGAGAUGGAACCACCGAAAUCAGUAAAAGAUAUACAGAGGUUGACUGGAAGAGUGGCAACCCUUCAUCGAUUCAUAUUGAAGUCAGCAGAUAAGUGCCUACCAUUCUUCAAGAUCAUGAGGUUGGCUGCCCAGAAGGAUGAAUCAGGAAAACAGAAAAAAUUUGAAUGGAGUCAGGAGUGCCAGGCUGCAUUCGACGAGUUGAAGUCUUAUCUUAGCUCACCACCUCUACUGACUAAGGCUGUCGAUGGAGAGAUUCUUUACUUGUACCUGGGGAUUUCAAAAGAGGCCAUUAGUUCAAUUCUGUUGAGAGAGGAAGCCAAGCAACAGAAACCAGUCUAUUAUAUCAGCAGUGUAUUACACAGAGCAGAGCUGAGAUAUCCUACAGCGGAGAAAGCAGCACUAGCAGUUAUUCUGCAGAAACCAGAAUGUUCUGGAAGAUUAAUUAAGUGGGCAGUAGAACUGGGGGAGUUUGAGAUAACGUUUCAGCAGAGAUCCGCAAUCCGAGCUCAAGCACCAGCAGAUUUCAUUGUCGAAUGCACCCCAUGUCCUUCAACCUCUACUCCAGAGCCCAACGACUGGACCUUAUAUGUUGACGGAGCAUCUAGUAGCAAGGGUUCAGGGGCUGGUGCUCUCUUGAUUGGUCCAGAAGGAUACCGAAGCGAACAUGCCUUGAAGUUCAACUUUGAUGCGAAAAAUAAUAUGGCUGAGUAUGAAGCUCUGCUACUUGGUCUACAGCUAGCAUUAGAGUUGAAAAUCAGUGCAAUUCAAGUAUACAGUGACUCCCAGUUGGUGGUAAACCAAAUUAACUCAAUUUGUGAAGUUGUUGAUCCCGUAAUGGUGAAAUAUGUAGCCUUGGUAGCCGAGCUGAAGUGCAGAUUCCAGAAAUUCUGUCUGAGUAAAAUCCCCCGAGUUGAGAUUGAACAGGCAGAUUCACUCUCCAAGUUCGCCUCUGACAACUCUUUAAGUUCCAGAUCCGUUUUUGUAGAGAUCUUAGAUGAACCAAGCUUCAUGAAGCCUCGGGUGAUGGAGAUUAGCACAAACCCAGACAUGCCGAGCUGGACUGAUUUAAUCGUCUCCUUUUUGCGAGAUGGGAUAGUACUUGAAGACAGGCAGGAGGCAAUGAAGUUGAGAAAGAAAGCAUCGGAGUGUCUACCCUCGUUGAUGGGGUCCUGUAUAAGAGAUCUUUCUCACUUCCUCUUCUACGGUGUUUAAACCCCUAUAAAGCUGAAUAUGCACU